AUGGCGGUGGCAAUUAACUCCUCAUGGAGAAUCAUGGAGUUCCUCCAUGAGAGGGUGUCUUCUGUUAAAACAAGGGCACUGAUUCAGGAAGAAAGAGAUCCUAAAAUUAUAAUUGGGACAAGUGGACAGAUCGUGAUAAAGCUGGGGACACUGCGGAAACCUGUGUCAAUGGCUGGUUGCCUCCCACACCCAUUGCCCCCCCCAGAGCUGCUGGCUGUUGGGGCCACAUACCUGUGGAUCAAGCCAAAUGCCAAUUCUAUCAUCGGUGAUGGCCCCAUCAUCCUGAAGGAGGUAGAAUAUCGCACCACCACGGGCACCUGGGCCGAGACUCACAUAGUGGACUCUCCCAACUAUAAGUUGUGGCAUCUGGACCCUGACGUGGAGUACGAGAUCCGGGUGCUGCUCAAACGACCAGGGGAUGGAGGCACAGGACCACCAGGGCCUCCCCUCACCACCAGAACCAAGUGUGCAGACCCCGUGCACGGCCCACAGAACGUGGAGAUUGUGGACAUCCGUGCGCAGCAGCUGACCCUGCAGUGGGAACCGUUCGGCUACGCGGUGACCCGCUGCCACAGCUACAACCUCACCGUGCAGUACCAGUACGUGUUCAACCAGCAGCAGUACGAGGCGGAAGAGGUCAUUCAGACCUCUUCCCACUACACCCUGCGGGGCCUGUGCCCCUUCAUGACCAUCCAGCUGCGGCUGCUGCUGUCCAACCCUGAGGGUCGGAUUGAGAGCAAGGAGCUGGUGGUGCAGACGGAGGAGGAUGUUCCAGGAGCUGUUCCCCUAGAAUCCAUCCAAGGAGGGCCCUUUGAGGAGAAGAUCUACUUCCAGUGGAAGCCUCCCAACGAGACUAAUGGGGUCAUCACACUCUAUGAGAUCAACUACAAGGCUGUUGGCUCCCUGGACCCAAGUGCCGACCUCUCCAGCCAGCGGGGGAAGGUCUUCAAGCUGCGGAAUGAAACCCACCACCUCUUUGUGGGACUGAACCCGGGCACCACCUACUCCUUCACCAUCAAAGCCAGCACAGCCAAGGGCUUCAGACCCCCUGUCACCACUAGGAUUGCCACCAAAAUUUCAGCUCCGUUGAUGCCUGAAUAGGACACCGACACCCCACUGAAUGAAACAGACAUGACCAUCACGGUGAUGCUGAAGCCCGCCAGGGGAGCCCCUGUCAGUGUUUAUCAGCUGGUUGUCCAGGAAGAGCGACUUCAGAAGUCAGGAAGGGCAGCUGACAUCAUUGAGUGCUUUUCAGUGCCUGUGAGCUAUAGGAAUGCCUCCAACCUUGAUUCUCUAUACUACUUUGCCACUGAAUUGAAGCCCGAACCUGUCACCCAGCCAUUUACAGUGGGUGACAAUAAGACAUACAAUGGAUACUGGAACCCUCCUCUUUCCCCUCUGAAAAGCUACAGCAUCUACUUCCAGGCACUCAGCAAAGCAAAUGGAGAGACCAAAAUCAACUGCGUUCGCCUGGCUACAAAAGGUGCCUCUACUCAGAAUUCUAACACUGUGGAGCCAGAGAAGCAGGUGGACAACACCAUGAAGAUGGCUGGUGUGAUCGCUGGCCUCCUGAUGUUCAUCAUCAUUCUCCUGGGUGUCAUGCUCACCAUCAAGAGGAGAAAUGCUUAUUCCUACUCCUAUUACUUGAAGCUGGCCAAGAAGCAGGAGGAGACACAGAGUGGAGCCCAGAGGGAGAUGGGACCUGUGGCCUCAGCCGACAAACCCACCACCAAGCUCAGCACCAGCCGCAACGAUGAAGGCUUCUCCUCUAGCUCUCGGGAUGUUAAUGGAUUCAUUAAGUUGAGCCAAUUAAGUGUAAGGGAAUGGCCAUUGUCCAGCUUGACCCUGGUACCUCUGCUAUGGACCCCUCACAGUGGUUAG